UGCAGUAAUAAAACAAAAGGUUAAAACAUUGAAGGAGCCAUGUACCUAAGCACAUUGGUUUUGUGCCUGUGUGUUUGUGUACCUGUAAGCCUUGCGUGCUACCCCAGUGUCAGACACGAUCAACAAACAUUCUGUGACUCAAGAUAUGUAUUCGUUGGCGUGGUACAGCGGACAAUUGACCUGAGAUCUGAACGAGCUUUUCUUGUGACAGUACAGUCAAACCUCAGGGGAACAGUUAGAUAUCCAGGAUCUUCCAUAUUCGUGUUUGGCUUCGGGAGACAAAACUCUUGUGGACCCACAGUGUUGCAAAAUGGACAACGGUAUAUUUUAUACGGCAGCAAUGAUGUUCUAGAGCCAAGAAAAAUUAGUUUGGUACACCACGAAUUUCUUUCUACCUACAACAUCAACAAACUGCGAAAUUAUGAUUGCUCUUGUAGAAUCGCCAUAGGUAAUCGACGAUUGAGUGAUCUUAAUCCUGUCAACAUCCAAGUCCCCCAGAAUGGAGUUUCACCACGAGAUCAAUGUAUUGUAGUGCAUGACAGCUGGAGCUGCGCCUUUAGAACCGGAUUUUGCGCAAGAAGACUAACUCCUUAUGGACGCAUCUGUACAUACCAAGUGCCUUUGUCAAAUUGUGUUGAUAUAAACCUCGCUUAGAUAUUCGGUACCAAAUUGUGACCCGUUUAGAUUAUAAAUUGAUAAUAUGCAUAAUGUUGACUAUUGUUUUGUGUUACAGUACUAUAUACUUUUUGAAGGUCUUCUUUAUCAUGUUUUCUACUGCGUAUUUCAUUCGUUAGUAUCAGACUCAUUUGAUUUGUUAUCAAAGAAAUGCAAACACAAGGAGAGGAAAAACACAAACAUCAGCCGAUGAAAUGAUAUUUGUUUUGAUUAUUUUAACCGCUAUCAUGAGCUGGUACAUUUGUAAAUUGAUAUGACAGGGGUCACUGGUAAUUGUCAUUUUACUAUUCUAACGUUCAACAGCAAAAUACAGUGAGCUUUCCGGGUUUCUUUUUUUUUA